AUGAAUGCGUUACAUUUGUCCCUUCUCCAGCAGGAAAAUUCAUACAUCGUAUUUGAUGUUAACCGUACUGUUCGCCACUUCAAUCGUUUUCAGGAAAAUCAGAACUUUAUGGAUGAUCAACAUUGUGUAAUUUUUCAUGAAGGUCAUCCUUGCGAACUUCCUAUUCUUUCAGCGCUUUCUGGACAAUUGGCAAGAAAGGAAAUAACUCAAUUUGUUCGAGAAUACUUUGCUUGCGCUACUGUUAGCUACGAGUUGCUAGAUAAGAUGGUGUCAUUUUGUGCCAACUCAUCCCAGCAACAAUUUCUUGGCAACAUACUUUGCACGAUAUCAUCUUGCGUCAAAAAGUGCCACUUUCGGAAGUCACAUCGUCAUGCUCUGAAAUAUGUUAUCGAACAACUGGAAAUGCGACAUGCUGAAAUUGACUGGCAAUUGUACAAUUGCUUGACGAAUUCCAUGAUGGAUAGUACCAUAUAUGUAGAUAGAAUCUAUUUCGAUGAAUUAUUUUCAAAAUGUAUCAUUGUUCAAGAGAAUCGUCAUCAGUUAUCACAAGGAACCACUGGUCUUUCUUGUUGGCAGGCAUCUUGUGAUCUAGCGAAUUAUUUGUUGAAACAAGGUCGUGAUUAUAUCAACGGAAAUAAUAUUUUAGAACUAGGUGCCGGUUGUGGACUGCUUGGUAUUGCACUUGCUGCUUCUGGUUUUGCCAAAAGCGUUACACUUUCUGACGGGAAUGUUCAUGUAUUGAAUAUAAUCCUCAAGAACAUUCAGUCAAAUUUUUCAGAGAAAUGUAAGAUAUGUAACGUUAUUUUUCUUGAAUGGGAAACCAUAAAUGUGGAAAAUAUUCCUGUUGUACCGGAUGCUAUCUUUGCGGCAGAUGUUGUUUACGAUACACUGGCAAUAAAACCACUUGUCUGUGCCAUCAGGAAACUUCUUAUUGCAUUUAAAAAAGAAAACAAGGCUGGUCCAUGUUGUCUGCUAGCAAAUACAAUAAGAAACCAAGAGACUAUGGAUAAAUUUAUAGCUUGUACAGCCAAAAACGGACUUUCUGUGAAAAAUUGUUUCACUUACGAGAAUAGUGUCUUUAAAUUUGCGAAUGGAAAUAUAGAGGAUCAGUCACUGUUCCCUUUCACGAGUACCGUUCAAUGUCCUACAAUAUUUCAUGAACUAAUAUUGAAUGAUUAA